GGUAAUUGCUAGCUGAGGUGGUGCUAAAAUAUCCCCUGAAGCUUCAUCAUCCCUCUUUUUCCCACUUCCCUUUUUAUUUUCUUACUCCUUGCAAACUAUCGCCUAACAUCCAUUCUUCUUCCCCCCAGGCUUUUUUACAUCGCCUAUCGUCCGUUGAUAUCCGUAUCAUAACGGCGGUCUGCGAUUGAGUUUGGGUCCUUUUUUCUCUUUCAUUUUCUAUUCUUGUUCACUUUCUGUUUAACCAAGAACCGGCCAUCGAUGAGGCAUCUCUAGAUCCUCCCGGUCUCUGUUAUAGCUCUUCUUCAUCAACUCUCGUUACAUCGAACGAACGAUUUGGACAUAACGUCCCCUAGCGAUCGAAUCGACUUGAAUUCCAUAUUGAUACUCGAUUACCAUGGCUCGUACGAGGGGCAAGAGCCCCCAACCGCCAGUCAAGGUCCCGACGCCUGUGACCGAGAAGCAGCAACCUUUUGCAGCUCCUCCUCCUCCUCAGCCGCAGACCACUGCUGUCACCACCAAGUCCAAGAACAAGAACAAGAACACCAAGAACACUUCGUACCAGUCCGAUGGUGUUGAGGAUAACGAUGUCUUCCUCCUUCCCCUCUCCGACUACUGGGUAGCCUUGGCCCUCAUCCUCGUUGCUACCAUUGUUCGCGUGUACAAGAUCUAUCAGCCCACAAGCGUUGUCUUCGACGAGGUCCACUUCGGUGGAUUUGCUACAAAGUAUAUCAAGGGCAAGUUCUUCAUGGACGUUCACCCUCCUCUAGCCAAGAUGCUUAUUGCCCUUACCGGAUGGCUUGCUGGUUUUGAUGGAAGCUUCGACUUUAAGGAGAUUGGCAAGGACUACAUUGAGCCUGGUGUUCCCUAUGUCGCGAUGCGAAUGUUCCCUGCUAUCUGCGGUAUUCUCUUGGUUCCCUGCAUGUUCUUUACUCUCAAGGCUGUUGGUUGCCGCACAAUGACUGCUACCAUGGGAGCUGGCCUGAUUAUCUUCGAGAACGGCCUUCUUACCCAGGCUCGUCUCAUCCUUCUCGAUUCGCCCCUUGUCGCCGCGACCGCUUUCACCGUCCUCGCCUUUUCUUGCUUCACCAACCAGCACGAGCUUGGCCCUUCCAAGGCUUUCCAACUGAGCUGGUGGUUCUGGCUUGUUCUUACUGGUCUUGGCCUGGGUAUCACCGUCAGCAUCAAGUGGGUUGGACUCUUCACCAUUGCUUGGGUUGGAUCCCUCACUCUUCUUCAACUCUGGGUCCUUCUCGGUGACAACAAGAACGUGUCCAUGCGUCUUUUCACUAAGCACUUUAUGGCUCGUGUCUUCUGUCUCAUCAUCAUUCCUCUCACCUUCUACAUGGCCAUGUUCGCCAUCCACUUCGUCUGCCUCAAGAACCCUGGUGACGGUGAUGGCUUCAUGAGCUCCGAGUUCCAGGCCACUCUCAAUAACAAGCGUAUGAAGGAUGUCCCCGCCGAUGUCAUCAUGGGCAGCCGUGUCACCAUCCGCCAUGUCAACACUCAGGGUGGUUACCUCCACUCUCAUCCUCUCAUGUACCCUACCGGUAGCAAGCAGCAGCAGAUCACCCUGUACCCUCACAAGGACGACAACAACGUGUGGCUCCUUGAGAACCAGACUCAGCCUCUUGGAAUUGAUGGCCAGCCCAUCAAUGGCACCAAGGCCUGGGACGCCCUUCCUGAGCCUCAGUACAUCACCGACGGUACCGUCCUUCGUCUUUACCAUGGUCCCACUCAUCGCCGCCUUCACUCUCAUGACGUUCGCCCACCUAUCACUGAGGCCGACUGGCAAAAUGAGGUUUCUGCCUACGGUUACGAAGGAUUUGAGGGAGAUGCCAACGAUUUCUUCCGUGUUGAGAUUGUGAAGAAGAAGACAUAUGGAUCUGUUGCAAAGGAGCGUCUUCGUACUAUCGAGUCCAAGUUCCGUCUUGUUCACGUCAUGACUGGCUGUGUUCUGUUCUCCCACAAAGUCAAGCUCCCUGAUUGGGCCUCUGAACAACAGGAGGUUACUUGCGCCCGAGGCGGAACUCUUCCCAACAGUCUGUGGUAUAUCGAGGGCAACUCUCACCCUCAGUUGCAGGGCGAUGUUGAGAAGGUCAACUACCGCAACCCUGGUUUCUUCGGCAAGUUCUGGGAGCUUCAGAAGGUCAUGUGGCGAACAAACGCCGGUCUCACUGACUCUCACGCCUGGGAUUCUCGCCCCGAGUCGUGGCCGAUUCUCCGCCGUGGCAUCAACUUCUGGGGUCGUCAGCAUAAGCAGGUUUAUCUCCUCGGAAACCCCAUCAUUUGGUGGUCUUCCAGCGUUGCCGUUGCCAUCUGGGUCGUCUUCAAGGCCAUUGCUGUUCUCCGCUGGCAGCGCAGCUGCAACGACUACGCCAACACUACCUUCAAGCGAUUUGACUACGAGAUUGGUACUUCAGUUCUCGGCUGGGCUCUGCACUACUUCCCCUUCUACCUGAUGAAGCGUCAACUUUUCCUUCAUCACUAUUUCCCUGCUCUCUACUUUGCGAUCAUUGCUUUGUGCCAGCUCUUUGACUACGCCACUGCCCGCAUCCCCGGAGCUGGUGCUCGCGAUACCGCUUUGAUCAACCGUAUUGCUACUGUCGCAUUCCUUGUCCUGUCGACUGCCGUCUUCAUGCUCUACUCUCCCCUUGCCUACGGAAGCCCGUGGACCAAGGCCGACUGCAAGCGCAUGAAGCUUUUCAACAGCUGGGACUUCGACUGCAACACCUUUUAUGAUAGCUAUGACAAGUACAGCGAAGUCCCCUCCAUCAGCUCGUCUGUAGUCCCUACCACCUCAGCAGCCAAGAACGUUGAGCCCAAGCAGGAGGAGGCCCCUGUCUCCCAGAAGCAGGAAGAGGCUGUCAUCUCUGGAGCUCCUCCUGCUCCUGAUCAGGCCCAGGUUGAGCACCGAGUUGUUGCUAAGGAGGAGAAGGUGGAGUAUCGUGACCAGGAUGGCAACCUUCUCGACCCUGAGGAGGUGAAGGCUCUUGAGGGCAAGGUUGAGUUCAAGACCAAGUAUGAAACCAAGACACGUGUUGUUGAUGAGCAGGGCAACGAAGUCCAAGAGCCUGUUGAGGGCUGGGAUCAGAACCUCGCUGGUGUUGCUCCUCCUCACCCCGACGUCGAGGGUGUCAACAGCGAGACCGUUCAGGGCAAGGAUGAAGGUGCCGCCGCUCCUCAAGAUGUGGCUGCCAGCAAGGACGGUGAGAAGGAGGCUGAAGAGGCCAAGGCUAAGCCUGCCAGUGAGAACCAGCAGGAUGCCACCAUUAAGGAAGAGUUGUAGAGUGCCUUAGGCCUCCGUCUCGCCCAGCAACAUUUCCAGGUCACUAAUAACCCUUCCUUUGCUCUACAACCGACCUCAUUUAAAUCUCGUCACAAUUCAUGUAACAUGUACUCUAUCACUUACGACUUAUGGAGGGAGGAUGGGAAAAUCCCUGGUGGCCUGAUAUGAGAAGGCUGGAAAGGAGAAAGCAAUGUCUUGUUCUGAAAGUGAGAUAUUAUAGAAAACAUCUAAAAAGAAGGAGGGGAGACGAGGUUACGCGGAACCAGAACCAGAACGUCUAGCAAUGACGUACUCUCAUUUGUUGGCUUAUGUCGAGGGUAAUACUGUGGCAUCGGUACGAUUGGCAGCGAUGUACACAUUUAUCACAUAAUACAUUUUCAUGUUCAAGUUUGA